CAAGACUCAGCUGUUCCCGAGAAGACAGAAGGAUGAGCAGCGGCAAGGAGAUGGUGACACUCAGGGACGUGGCCGUGGUCUUCAGUGAGGAGGAGCUGGGGCUGCUGGACGAUGCCCAGAGGAAGCUGUACUGUGAUGUGAUGCUGGAGACCUUGAGGAAUGUGGUGUCACUUGGGCACCAGACUGGGACUCAAGAUUCUUUGCUCAGGCUCGAGAGAGAAGACAUGUCUUGGAUGUUGAUAGUGGCUAGCUGGAGCAGGGACUCUACAGGAGGCAAGAAUCUAGAGGAGAUGGAGUCUCUUGAGGAAGCGGGAUUGAGGCACCUGCCACAGGAGGAGCUUUUCUGCUCACAAAUCUGGCAGCAAGUUACAAGGGAGUUAACCAGGGCUCGAGACUGCAGAGUAAGCGUCAGGGAGACUGGCUCUCUGUUGAAACGCGAUGCUGUGCAUCUUGAAGAUGAGUUCAGUAAACAUUCCAGUCGGAAUUCAGUUCUUCAGGUUCACCAAGUGCACACUGCAGAGGAAGCCUAUAAAUGUGAGGAGUGUGGAGCAAGCUUCAGUCAGAGCUCAUAUCUUCAAGUGCAUCAGAGAGGACACACUGGAAAGAAACCUUAUAAAUGUGAGGAGUGUGGUAAGUGCUUCAGCUGGUUUUCACGGCUACAUGCCCAUCAUCAAAUCCACACUGGAGAGAAACCAUACAAAUGUGACACAUGUGGCAAGGGCUUUAGUUACAGGUCACACCUUAACAUUCACUGUAGAGUUCACACUGGUGAAAAGCCCUAUAAGUGUGAGGAGUGUGGGAAAGGCUUCAGCCAGGCCUCAAAUCUUCUGGCCCAUCAGAGAGGCCACACCGGAGAGAAGCCCUACAAAUGUAACACGUGUGGAAAGACCUUUCGUCGGAGGUCAGAUCUUAAUGUUCAUUGUAGAAUCCAUACAGGAGAGAAACCCUACAAAUGUGACACAUGUGGCAAGGGCUUUAGUUACAGCUCACACCUUAACAUACACUGUAGAGUCCACACGGGUGAAAAGCCCUAUAAGUGUGAGGAGUGUGAGAAAGGCUUCAGCAUAGGCUCACGCCUGCAAGCUCAUCAGAUAAGCCACACAGGAGAGAAACCCUACAAAUGUGAGGAGUGUGGGAAAGGCUUCUGUCGGGCCUCAAAUCUUCUGGAUCAUCGGAGAGGCCACACUGGAAACAAGCCCUAUCAGUGUGAUGUUUGUGGGAGGGGCUUCAGUCGCAGUUCUGAUUUUAAUAUCCACAUUAGAGUUCACACUGGUGAAAAGCCCUAUAAGUGUGAGGAGUGUGGGAAAGGCUUCAGCCAGGCCUCAAAUCUUCUGGCCCAUCAGAGAGGCCAUACCGGAGAGAAGCCCUACAAAUGUAACACGUGUGGAAAGACCUUUCGUCGGAGUUCAGAUCUUAAUGUUCAUUGUAGAAUCCACACAGGAGAGAAACCCUAUAAGUGUGAGGAGUGUGGGAAAGCCUUCAGUCAGUUCUCAAGUCUCCAAGUGCACCAGAGGGUCCAUACAGGAGAGAAACCAUACCAGUGCACAGAGUGUGGGAAGGGCUUCAGUGUAGGUUCACAGCUUCAAGCACACCAGAGGUGCCACACUGGAGAAAAACCCUAUCAGUGUGAGGAGUGCGGUAGAGGCUUCUGUCGGGCCUCCAAUUUUCUAGCUCAUCGUGGAGUCCACACAGGAGAGAAACCAUACCCAUGUGAUGUGUGUGGGAAACACUUCCGGCAGAGGUCGUACCUCCAUGACCACCAGAGAGUUCACACCGGAGAGAAACCCUACAGAUGCGAGGAGUGUGGGAAAGGCUUCAGUUGGAGCUCAUACCUUCAAACCCACCAGAGAGUUCACACCGGAGAGAAACCGUACAAGUGCGAGGAGUGUGGGAAAGGCUUCAGCUGGAGCUCGAGUCUCCUAAUUCACCAGCGAGUCCAUGCUGAGGACGAGGGAGAGAAAAGGUAUAGAUGUGAAAAAUGUGACCACUCCUUCUGUCGGCUAUCGGGUCUCCAAGCCCAUCAGGUGAGGCACACCGGAGAGAAACCAUACACGUGUGAGGAGUGUGGCAAGGGCUUCACUCGGGCCUCCACCCUUCUGGACCAUCAGCGAGGCCACGCUGGAAACAAGCCCUAUCAGUGCAAUGCUUGCUGGAAGAGUUUCUGUCACAGCUCGGAGUUUAACAAUCACAUACGAGUCCACACGGGAGAGAAACCCUACGUGUGUGAGGAGUGUGGGAAAGGCUUCAGCCAGGCCUCCCAUCUUCUGGCCCACCAGAGAGGCCACACCGGAGAGAAGCCCUACAAAUGUAGCACGUGUGGGAAGGGCUUCAGCCGGAGUUCAGAUCUUAACGUUCACUGUAGAAUCCACACGGGAGAGAAGCCCUAUAGGUGUGAGACGUGUGGGAAAGCCUUCAGUCGCGUCUCAGUUCUCCAAGUGCACCAGAGGGUCCACAGCGAAGACAAGCCAUACCAGUGCGCAGAGUGUGGGAAGGGCUUCACUGUGGAGUCACACCUUCAAGCACACCAGAGGUCGCACACCGGAGAGAGACCCUAUCAGUGUGAGGAGUGCGGUAGAGGCUUCUGUCGGGCCUCCAAUUUCCUGGCUCAUCGUGGAGUCCACACAGGAGAGAAACCGUAUCAAUGUGACGUCUGCGGAAAACGCUUCCGGCAGAGGUCGUACCUCCAUGACCACCAGAGGAUCCACACCGGAGAGAAACCCUACAGAUGCGAGGAGUGUGGGAAAGGCUUCAGUUGGAGCUCAUACCUAAAAGCCCACCAGAGGGUUCACACCGGAGAGAAACCGUACAAGUGCGAGGAGUGUGGGAAGGGCUUCAGCUGGAGCUCGAGUCUCCUAAUUCACCAGCGAGUCCAUGCUGAGGACGAGGGUCAGAAGGAUUGGCCUGAAUCAGAAGGCUCACAGGGGAAACAAACUCUAUAAUGUUUUAUAGUUUGGUAUUUCAAAUGGAAGCUGAAAGAUCCCAAUUCUUAGAGUUCUCAAGGGAGACAAAGGAGUCACAGAAUCAGUAUUUUGACUGGAACAGGAUGCAUUAGGCUACUGGGGAGACCACAAAGCGGAGAAGGUUUCUAAGUUGGAGCCAUGUAGACUUCAGUCAGAACCUCACCCUUUAACACAAGGAGACAGUAACUGCGGAAAAGUUGAGUGUGGUCUGGAGGCAUCCCAAAGGAAGGGACCGGAUCUGUUCCACGGGAGCAACUUUCUUACGCUGCUGGUUGCAUCCUCAUGUGGGGCUUCACAACCAUAAGUGACAGUCACAUGAUAUUUAGGGAUGCUACAAGCUUUCUGCAUACCCAGUGACCAAACCCUCAGAAUAAAGGUGCUUCUGGCAGCUCUUACCCGUACUGCAACUGUGUGACUUCACUGCAGCUGUCCUCAGAACACAGUAUGGACCCUUACAUGUCCCCGUCACCACACCCAGGACCAUGGGCACUGCUGGAAGUCUCUCUGCUCAGGGCCAGCACUGUUGUACUGGACACAUUUCCUGCUCUUCCGGAAGCAGACGCUGUGCUCUCAGUACUUGCGCAGUGCUUAUCAAGCAUCGAGCUAGUUUCCCUGCAGAUUAUGCUGUGUCUCAGCUUGAUUUUAAGCAUCCCGUUACUCCCCUACAGAAAGCGGUCCACGGAACUACUAUGCAAAUUUGGUUUGUGAUUAAUAAAUUAUC